AUGCAGCGGGAGGGCGAUGAGGGUCGCCUCGCUUUCCGCGGCCCCCAGAACCGCUCCCACGAGAAGAUCAAGCUGCGGAAGAGAAAGUCUGUCCUGUACCUAAGCACCCAGGAGGAGGGCGCCGGGCGCCGCGGAGAUCUUCUUGGAGAAAAUGCCUACCUGGUCUUGUUUACCACUGCGCUACGUAUUUUUAACUGCUUUUUGGUUCAGACCAGCUUUGUUCCGGAUGAAUACUGGCAGUCUCUUGAAGUUGCACAUCAUAUGGUCUUCAAUUAUGGCUAUUUGACUUGGGAAUGGACAGAAAGACUGAGGGGUUAUACUUACCCCUUGCUCUUUGCCAGCAUUUACAAGAUUCUGCACCUUUUGGGGGAAGAUAAGGUUCAGUUGCUGAUUUGGAUUCCCAGACUUGCCCAGGCACUUCUGUCUGCCAUAGCAGAUGUGAGGCUUUACUCAUUAAUGAAGCAGAUAGAAAAUCACAAAGUGGCAACAUGGGUGUUCUUUUGCCAGUUGUGCUCUUGGUUCACGUGGUACUGCUGCACCAGAACCCUCACAAACACCAUGGAAACUGUUCUCACUGUGAUUGCUCUUUUCUACUAUCCUUUGGAAGGCUCCAAGUCUGUGAACAGUAUCAAGUACUCAGCCCUGGUGGCACUUGCCUUCGUGAUUCGUCCCACAGCUGUUGUUCCAUGGAUACCUUUGCUCAUCAGGCAUUUCUGGCAAGAACAAAGAAAGCUUAAUCUCAUUCUACAGCAUUUUCUGCCUGUAGGAUUUGUAACCUUGAGUGUGUCUCUGAUAAUUGAUCGUAUUUUUUUUGGUGAAUGGAUACUGGUUCAGUUUAAUUUUUUAAAAUUUAACGUGCUGCAGAAUUUGGGAACAUUUUAUGGUUCUCAUCCAUGGCACUGGUACUUCAGCCAAGGAUUCCCAGUUGUCCUGGGCAGUCAUUUACCUUUCUUUCUUCAUGGCUGUUUUGUAGCCCCAAAGAGAUGCCGGAUACUUUGGGUGACUGUUCUGUGGACACUGCUAGUUUAUAGCAUGUUGGGCCACAAAGAAUUCAGAUUUAUCUAUCCAGUUUUACCAUUUUGUAUGGUGUUCUGUGGAUACUCACUAACCCACCUGAAAACGUGGAAGAAACCAGCUCUAAGUUUCCUGUUUUUAUCAAACAUACUUCUCGCCCUAUACACUGGUCUACUCCAUCAACGAGGUGCUCUUGAUGUCAUGAGUUAUCUUCAAAAACUCUGUCAGAACAGUGCCAAUGUAUCUUCAGCUUCAGUGUUUGUAAUGAUGCCCUGCCACUCUACUCCUUAUUACAGGUAAUCAGAGGUGUUCCACUGUAAGCUGCUAAGGAAAUCAAACUACUUUAAACUUGUCUUUCAGACUCCUGGACUUUAAAUUAGUUGGUAAUCAGUCAAGGGGUAAGAAAUUGUAAACACCCACUUACUGGUUUUUAAAACUAUUUGAAUUGUGUCAAUGAAGAUCAUUUAUCACAUAAGUAAACUUUAGUGCUCUUUAAAAUAUUUUAAAUUAAGUCUGAUGUGGAUUGCCUAAAACAUUUCAUAGAUACCUGACAGAAAUUCAGUUAUCACUGAUCUUCUUGCAGAUCUUGAUACAUAAUUUUCCUGUUUAAUUUUGUACUAGUUUCUGCUGUACAUUUUUCCUGAUCUUUCAAUCUUUCAGGCAGUUUUAACUGAGUUCCUGC